CGUGCGCGCACCCUCCAGACAGGGUCGGGUUGACCGCGAGGAAGUGCCGUGGACGAGCGCCGGAGCUGCUGUUCUUGGUUCUUCCCUCUUCUCCCCUGGGCAGAUCCGAAUAAUCACUCCCAAAUUCCCGAGAUCUAAUUAAACGGCCUUUUUUCCUGAUACACACCCCUGAGACACACUGCAGGAGGCUGCGACGGGAGAUUUUUUGUGGAAACGGAGCGCGGGAGCAUGGCUGCCGAAGUAAAUGGCAACUCAGCGCCGGUGAAGGACGACGAGGAGCCGAUGGACACGAGCACUGCCCACACGGAGAACUACCAGACCCUUAUAGACGCCGGCCUGCCGCAGAAAGUAGCGGAGAGUUUGGACAACAUCUUCCAGACGGGGUUGGUGGCGUACGCAGACCUGGACGAGAGGGCCAUCGACGCCCUGCGAGAGUUUAACGAGGAGGGGGCUCUGUCCGUUCUACAGCAGUUUAAGGAGAGCGAUUUGUCCCAUGUGCAGAAUAAAAGCGCGUUUCUCUGCGGCGUCAUGAAGACGUACAGGCAGAGGGAGAAACAAGGAAGCAAAGUGCAGGAAUCCACGAAGGGCCCCGACGAGUCCAAGAUAAAGGCUCUCCUGGAGAGGACGGGGUACACUCUGGACGUUACGACGGGACAGAGGAAGUACGGGGGACCCCCACCUGAGGAGGUGUACUCAGGACUGCAGCCUGGAGUCGGAACAGAGGUGUUCGUGGGUAAGAUCCCGCGGGACCUGUACGAGGACGAGCUGGUGCCGCUGUUUGAGAAGGCGGGGCCCAUCUGGGACCUGCGUCUGAUGAUGGACCCGCUCUCGGGCCAGAACCGCGGAUACGCCUUCAUCACUUUCUGCAACAAGGACGCGGCGCAGGAAGCCGUCAAGCUUUGUGACAACUACGAAAUCCGGUCGGGCAAAUACCUGGGCGUGUGCAUCUCGGUGGCGAACAACCGUCUGUUUGUCGGAUCGAUCCCAAAGAACAAGACCAGGGAGAGCAUCCUGGAGGACUUCAGCAAGGUGACAGAGGGCCUCAUGGAGGUGAUCCUGUACCACCAGCCGGACGACAAGAAGAAGAACCGCGGCUUCUGCUUCCUGGAGUACGAGGACCACAAGUCGGCGGCGCAGGCCCGCCGGCGGCUGAUGAGCGGCAAGGUGAAGGUGUGGGGCAACCCCGUCACCGUGGAGUGGGCCGACCCCGUGGAGGAGCCCGACCCGGAGGUCAUGGCCAAGGUGAAGGUUCUGUUCGUCAGGAACCUGGCCACGCCCGUCACGGAGGAGCUCUUGGAAAAGACCUUCUCUCAGUUCGGCAAACUGGAGCGGGUGAAGAAGCUGAAGGACUACGCCUUCGUCCACUUCGAAGACCGAGACGCCGCUGUAAAGGCGAUGCAGGAGAUGAACGGUAAGGAGCUGGAGGGCGAGGAGAUCGAAAUCGUCCUGGCAAAACCGCCGGACAAGAAGAGGAAAGAGAGGCAGGCGCAGAGACAGACCACCAGAAACACCGGGUACGACGACUACUACUACUACCCUCCCCCGCGGAUGCCGCCGCCGCCGGUGCGCGGGAGGGGCCGCGGGGGCCGGGGGGGCUACGCCUACCCCCCCGACUACUACGGCUACGAGGAGUACUACGACGACUACUACGGCUACGACUACCACGACUACCGGGGCGGCUACGAGGACCCGUACUACGGCUACGACGACGGCGGCUACUCCUCCCGGGGGCGGGGCAGCCGGGUGAGCCGGGGCGCCCCCCUGCCCCCCCGCGGCCGGGGGGCUCCCCCCCCGCGCGGACGCGGCGGCGGCGGCGGCGGCGGGGGUUACGUCCAGCGCGGGGGGGCGCCCAUGGGAGCCGCGAGGGGGGGUCGCGGCGGCCGGGGCGGGCCGUCCCAGCAGCAGAGGGGCCGCGGGGCCCGGGGCGCCCGGGGAAACCGCGGCGGGAACGUCGGCGGGAAGCGGAAGGCCGACGGCUACAACCAGCCGGACUCCAAGCGCCGGCAGACCAACAACCAGCAGAACUGGGGCUCCCAACCCAUCGCCCAGCAGCCGCUGCAGCAAGGGGGCGACUAUUCCGGUAACUAUGGUUACAAUAAUGACAACCAGGAAUUUUAUCAGGAUUCUUACGGGCAACAAUGGAAGUAGGACAAACAAACAACAACAACAAAAAGCCAAUGGGUAUCACACAAUAUAAACAAAGGAAAAACAAAUAAACAGGAAAUUGGCACCAAGCAGCUGAUUGGCAUUGUACCCGUCACACACAGUAGAAAUAAAGAAACCUGAGCAUAGGGGACUGGCUUGCCAUCCUCCCAUGUUGAAAUGUGCAUCGGCAGCACGCUCUGUGCUGGCCUGAAGAUGAGAUGUAUAUACCCACACACAUGUGCAGACACACACACACACACACACACACACAACCUUUUCUGACUCUGUUCUUAUCGGUUUUCCCUUUUUUCCCUGUUGUGGUUUUACUUGGGACAUUUCUGGCUUUAAAAACAUGAAAAUGCUUUUAUUCUUUUUUUUUUUUUUUUUUUUUUUUUUUUUUAAAUGCAAGAGAAAAGUUUCUUGUUUUAUUGAUUUAAAUUUUUUUUUCAUCCAAAGCCAACAUUUUAACCUUUAAGGAGAGAAAAAAAGAAAAAAAAAAAAAAAAAGAUGGACUCAUUUUUCAGAAGUCUGAGAAGACGUUAAAAUCAUGAGUACCCGGCAGGAAGCAAAAUGCCCCCCCUCCCUUUCCUGCGCCCCCACUUUGGACUUCUUCCCUUUCGGAUUUCUUACUCGUAGACGUAGGAACUUGCUUGUAUAUAUAGGCUUAAAGCAUCGGCUUUAUAUUCAUUUGUUUUGCAGAGAUGGGGAAACAAUAAUCCACCGGAAAGAGAGGAAAAAUGUCUAAUUUUCUUGUAUUAGGAAAGUAACGUUAAAGUGUAUGUUUAGCAUUUGUUAGAAGUAGAUUAAUUGUGUUUUUUAAAAGAACUGUUAUUACAAUUUCAAGCGUUUUUUCUCUCUCUCAAAGUUGCCCUUCUAGAUUUUUGGUUUGGCUGAACCUUAAGAGCCAAGGCUGUUCUUUGAUGUGUUUGUAUUUAUAACUUGUUCUUGUUACAUUUCAAUAAAACUCAACCAUACGUCAUUCAAUUAUCA